CCUGAGGAACUUCCGCAUUGUGAGCAGGCGCACUAACAAAAACAACAACAACAACUAUAAGUUGAAAACAUCACAAAACAAUCGUCUGGAUCCCCCAUCUUACACCUAAAGCAGCAUGAAGGUGAGAAAGGUGGAGAAAGCGGUGGUGAGCGUGGAGCAGUCUGAAGGUGUGGGCGCCCGUGUCCGCAGAAGCAUCGGUCGGAAGGAGCUGCAAAACUUGGAUCCAUUUCUGAUGUUGGACGAGUUCCGCGUGAGCAAGCCAGCAGGUUUCCCAGACCACCCUCACCGAGGCUUUGAAACGGUGACUUACGUGUUGGAGGGGGUCCUGGCCCACGAGGACUUCUGUGGACACUCAGGGAGACUCCAGGCAGGAGAUCUGCAAUGGAUGACUGCGGGGCGGGGAGUGGUCCAUGCAGAAAUGUGCGCCUCUGAGGAGACCUUGGCGGGUUUGCAGCUGUGGGUCAACUUGUCCAAGCGAGACAAGAUGGUGGAACCUGCCUACCAGGAGCUGCUGGCCUCACACAUCCCCAAACCCUCCCAGGGAGGAGUCACGGUGGCCGUCAUCUCUGGAGAAGCCCUUGGAGUUAAGUCUCCGAUCUUCACCAGGACCCCGACCAUGUACCUGGACUUUGUGCUGCAGGCAGGAGCCCAGCACCAGCAGCCAGUCCCUGCAGGAUGGACCGCCUUCAUUUACACUUUAUCAGGAUCACUUCAUGUUGGCCCAGUUGAGUCGCAGCAGGAAGUAGAAGCUCAUCACACACUUUUGUUUGGAGAUGGAGAUUGUGUCAUGUUACACAACAAGGGGUCUGAGGUGUCACGGUUUGUUCUGGUGGCAGGAGAACCCAUAGGAGAACCGGUGGUCCAGCACGGGCCGUUUGUGAUGAGCUCGCAGGAAGAGAUCCUGCAGGCUGUGAGAGAUUACACAACUUAUUCUAACGGCUUCCAACGUGCUCUCAAGUGGACAUCUAGCAUCUCACACUCCUCAUAGCACACCCAUGCGAUAUCAGGACUCAUGUUUUAUUUUAUGAAUUCAACAAUAACUGUCUCUUAGAAGUAUCAUUAUCACUGGAGGAUGAGAACCAGCUAAACAUGCCACACUACACACCAUAGUAGGACAUGCUAAGUGCUAAACUAGUGCGGACACAAAUAUCGACAGUAAUGAUACCAAAUAUAGUAUCAGUGUAUGGUCGAUGUUUUUUAUUUUCACAAAAUCGUUUUGGGUAUUGGGUCAAUACCCAAAAUUCGUAGUAUCCCCCAAAACGUAUGUUAAGUAUCAAACAAGUGCUCAUCACAUUUGAACAGAAGCGUGGAUAAACAUGUUAAAACAGGAAGUAAACAAAUAUAAAUAUGUUAAAACAGGAAGUAGACAAAUAUAAACAUGCUAAAACAGGAAGUACACACAUAUUA